AUGGGAACGUCACAUCCCGAAAAUCCCAGCAAUUCACAACCAGUCCAGAUAGAAGACUGCAUCAGCGAGCUACAGGCGCUUCGACGACGAAACCAAGAGCUCGAAACAAGGCUCGGCCUCAGUGCAGACAAUGGAGCUUCUUCCAAGAUCACCAAAAAGCCUGGUCGCACGCUUCGGUCCUCAGCAUGGUUCGACUGCCGCAGCGAUCCUGGCAUGACCGCCAUCUACAUGGAGCGCUAUUUCAAUUUUGGCAUCACUCGUGAGGAGCUGAUGUCAGGAAAGCCGAUGAUUGGAAUUGCUCAAACUGGAUCUGAUAUUGCGCCUUGCAAUCGUCACCACAUAGAAUUGGCGAAGCGAGUCCGAGAGGGCAUUCGCACGGCCGGGGGUAUUGCAAUCGAGUUCCCGACUCACCCUAUCCAAGAGACAUCUCGACGCCCUACUGCUACGUUAGACCGGAAUCUUGCCUAUCUCAGUCUCGUGGAGAUUUUAAAUGGUUACUUUCUCGACGGUGUUGUCCUCUUGACAGGAUGCGACAAGACCACGCCGGCUUGUCUUAUGGCCGCAGCUACAGUGAACAUUCCUGCUAUUUGUAUGAAUGUCGGCCCUAUGCUGAAUGGCUGGGCUAAAGGGAAACUAGUCGGAUCUGGUGGUGUCCUGUGGCAGGGACGGGAAAUGUAUGCCACAGGCGAAAUUGACGAAGAUCAGUUUAUGGAGUUCAUCUCCCAAAGUACCCACUCUGUGGGACACUGUAAUACCAUGGGCACUGCAUCCACGAUGAAUGCACUUGCAGAGGCUCUAGGAAUGGCACUUCCUGGAUCAGCAGCCAUUCCUGCCGCAUACCGUCACCGAGCUCAAUGUGCAUAUGAGACUGGUAAACGGAUUGUGGAAAUGGUCGAUAUAGAUCUCAAACCAAGCGACUUGCUGACCCGCAAGGCAUUUGAGAAUGCGAUCGUGGCGAAUGGAGCUAUCGGCGGCAGCACUAAUGCACCUAUUCACCUCAACGCUAUUGCUCAGCACAUCGGCGUUGAUCUUUCCAUGGACGAUUGGGAUACCAUUGGCUCUAAGAUCCCGCUUUUGUUAAAUAUGCAGCCGUCAGGGGAGUACCUCGGAGAAGAAUACUUCCGUGCGGGAGGCCUUCCAUCGAUCAUGGCCGAACUUCUCGGCGCAGGCAAGAUCCAUGGGGAUGCGCUGACCUGCAAUGGGCGGACGGUUGCCGAGAAUGUUCGCGGCAAGCAUUCUUGGGAUCGACGUGUCAUUCGUCCCUUUAACGACCCCUUAAUGAAGGAUGCGGGCUUCGUGCAUCUGAAAGGGACUUUGUUCGAUUCUGCGAUCAUGAAGACCUGCGUUAUCUCACCUGCGUUCCGGCAGCGCUAUCUCUCAAACCCGGAGGACCCAGAGGCGUUUGAGGGAUCCGUGGUGGUUUUCGACGGCCCCGAAGACUACCAUAGUCGAUUGGAGCAAAUGCCUGAGAUCGAUGAUAAAACUAUCUUGAUUAUGCGCGGAGUUGGCCCCUUGGGCUAUCCGGGCGCAGCAGAAGUUGUGAACAUGCACCCUCCGGGCCGACUGCUCAAACAGGGUGUUGAUGCACUCUUCUGUAUUGGCGAUGGGCGACAGUCUGGAACCUCAGGCUCUCCCUCGAUCUUGAACGCCAGUCCUGAGGCCGCAGCCGGAGGAAAUCUAGCUAUCUUGCGAAACGGCGACAAACUCCGUAUUGAUCUACCCAAGCGACGUGUCGAUAUCCUCCUCAGUGAUGAGGAGAUUGCACAGCGUCGAGAAGUUCUGUUGUCUCAAGAAUACCCAUUGGUCCCCAGUCAAACGCCAUGGCAGGAGAUCUUCCGCCAAGAAACCGAUCAAUUAUCCAACGGCAUGGUCCUCAAGAAGGCUGUGAAGUAUCAACGUUUGGCACAAAAGUAUGGUGCCCCAAGACAUAACCAUUAA